AUGGACAGAGGGCUCAGCGAAACAAUGGGUUUCUUUGCCCCGCAGGUGGUCUUCCUCACCAGGGUUUCUUUGCCCCGCAAGUGGACGACCCUCCCCAGGUUUCUAUCGCCAGCAGGUGGAUUACCAUCCCAGGUUUUUCCAUCCCCGCAGGUGGACGACCCUCCCCAGGUUUUCUAUUGCCCCGCAGGUGGAUUACCCUCCCAGGGUUUCUAUCUCCCGCAGGUGGAUUACCCUCCCCAGGUUUUCUAUCUCCAGCAGGUGGAUCUCCCUCCGCAGGUGUUGGAUCUUCCUCCGCAGGGUGGAUCUCCCUCCGCAGUGUUGGAUCUCCCUCCGCAGGUGUUGGAUCUCCCUCCGCAGGUGUUGGAUCUCCCUCCGCAGGUGUUGGAUCUCCCUCCGCAGGUGUUGGAUCUCCCUCCGCAGGUGUUGGAUCUCCCUCCGCAGGUGUUGGAUCUCCCUCCGCAGGUGUUGGAUCUCCCUCCGCAGGUGUUGGAUCUCCCUCCGCAGGUGUUGGAUCUCCCUCCGCAGGUGUUGGAUCUCCCUCCGCAGGUGUUGGAUCUCCCUCCGCAGGUGUUGGAUCUCCCUCCGCAGGUGUUGGAUCUCCCUCCGCAGGUGUUGGAUCUCCCUCCGCAGGUGGUGGAUCUCCCUCCGCAGGUGGUGGAUCUCCCUCCGCAGGUGUGGAUCUCCCUCCGCAGGUGGUGGAUCUCCUCCGCCUCCUCCGCAGAUUUCCAGAGCCUUGAGGAGUUCCUGGACAUUUUUGUGCAGACUCUGGAUCCAGCUCCUGCCUCCCCCACUGUUGCUCCUAUUCAGGUCCGUCCAAUCAUUGGUGCAGAUGUCCCCUCUCCUCCUGGCAGUGCCCCUUCUUCUCCCCUUCUUGCCUCCCCCUCACACUCUUCCUCUUCAGGUCCAGAGGAGUUUAUUUUAGGUCCAGAUCUUCCUUCUCCUCAGGUCCGAGUGCUCUCCCGAGAACAGCUCCAAGAGGCGGCGCCGCUCGUCUCCUGCUCCCUCUUCUUCCUCCCGCUCUCCUUCCUUGUGACUCUCCCUUCCCCCUCUCCACUCUUCCCUCCCCUUCCCCCUCUCCACUCUUCCCUCCCCUUCUCCUCUCGCUCCACUCUUCCCUCCCCUUCUCCUCCCUCCCUCUCUUCUCCCUGCUCAUCUCCUUCCCUGUCUCUUUCCUCCUAA